UGGCUCCGGUUCUGUAGCCUCAACCGUCUUCUCCCCUCUCUUCAAGCACUCUACUUGCUCGUAUGUGCUCUAGGGGCAAAAGGAAGUCUCCAGGGUUCUCGUAUUACACAGGGACCAAAGGACCAACUGUAUGCUUCCUAUCAACCCAUGUCUUCGAGCAGCGUCCUUGAGUCCAUAUUCAUGAUUCAUGUGUGUCUGCGGCGUAAGGGCGGGGUGCGUGUUGGUUCGGAAGGUUUGCUGACUGGAUGCGCUUGUCCUGCAUUCCUACCCUACCAACUGAUGGAGUCUAGCUCGUCGGCUCUCCGGCUUCUGCGCACUCACUCCACGCGCCGUCCCGAAGUCCUGCGCUACAUAUUUCAUCACUCGCGCCACCCAACCCCGACGGGGAUCUCGCUGUCUGGGGUAUCAAGCAUUCUUUUGUGUCCUGUAUCAGUAUCUCCUGUCUCCGCGAUCAGCGUUUGCCCGUUUCCCCGGCUGUUGUUGUUGCCCCUCAUGGCAGACGAUGAAGACGCGCUGGGCGCAAGCGCAGGCUCCGACUCCAAUUUGAUGGCUUGUUCCCAUCAGCACCAGAUUCUCGCAGCAGCCCCCGAAACCGACUUGGAACAGCGUCGGCCCAUCCCAGUAACGCUGUACCACUGGCGUCCCCCCACCGUCCGCGAAAAGUUCACGGUUAUCCUGCCCCCUGGCAUCCUACAGACAAUCAAGGGCUCCGCAUCGCUCGGCACGUUUUUCCUGUCCAAGGACCUGGACAUUGGCGACACACUCUCCGUACUGCUCACGGCAAGCUCCUACGACGAUCCCGAACCCACGCCGCCGUCCAGCAAAUUGUUCGCGGACCUGGUGGCGCAGAUGGCCAUGCCCGACAAGAAGGGGCGGUUCUUUCAGUUCUUUUCCUUUCCCGUGCUCAGCGACAGCGCCGACGACGUCCUGGGAGACGAACUCUUCCCGGCGUGGAAAUGGGCGAAGCCCGACAGCGUCUACCCGCGCAAGGGGGGCUUCUGGGAUGACGACCUUCACCAGGUGCUCGAGGACGGGGAGUGGAGCGGCGGGAAAGACCUCAUCUUGCUGAUGAGGGCGGUUUCGGAGGAGGUCUUGCAAGCUGUAAGCAGGAAGGAUGUCAGGCACACGAGUUUCGACGGCGUGCUGAAGUCGGCCUCCUGGGGGCCCCUUUGAGGUCUGGUUUGAUCAAACCGGUUCCUAUUCGACUUGUCUUAUUCUGUUGACAGGUUUACUUGGAACAGGGCCUGGGAACCGUUUAACCCGCUA